CCUCGCCUCAGGGACAUCUGCAAUUGACACCGCCGUAAUCUUGCGUUCCAUUCCUUUCCACUCCUUCACCAUACCUAUUGCACACUCAACGGACUGCACGAGAUCUGAACGUCCAUAAACACGCUAUCACGACCGCAGCAAGCGAUUGUCGACUGCACAAGCAUUCUCCUGAACGCACUGAGACAUAUCCUACGCUCCAACGUGGCCCUCCAACAGGAUACCUCCUUCGCAGCCGCAAUCCCCAAGCAUGUCCGACGAUAGUACUGUGGUUGCGCCUGAACGUGAACGCUCAGGCUCACCGCAGCCCUGGGUGUCUCCGACUCUUGCAAUUUCAGCAUGUCCUCAACUCGACCGAUCCGUGUCAACUGCCUCCUCGGUCUCCUCCGUUUCCGGCCGCUCCACCAGUUCCCGCCUAUCUGGAGAAGGCGUCAAGGGUUCAAGAAGAGGUUAUAUGAGACCGCAAGCCACUGUCUUCUCAGAAUCUGCAAAGAGUAGAGAAAGUGUCAUGAGCCUAGGCACGAUUGCACAUUUACAAUACUACUUUGCCAGGACAGGGCUUCUGGAUGGGAAGGGUGCACAGCUUGCAAAGGCGCGAAAAGUCAGCGGUACUGAAGGUCCGCGGUCCCCAGAUCCCAUAAAUACCGAUCCAUACACGGAGUAUCUUGCUGGUCCUGCUGGUCAAGAUCCGGCAUAUGUUGGACCAGACACGGUACUCGGUGAUACAGCUGGGGAAGAUGGGCUCGUAGAAUCACCCACCGACCAGUCAGAUGCUGGGAGCAACUGGGACGAGCAAGAAACAGUGAUGAUGCCACCAACAGUCAGUACAUACAAGGAACGACCAUUGUAUGUGCCACCGCCACCCGACAUGGGCGUCUUGCGCCGAGAAUUAAGAGAGGCAUUGGAUGCCGCAGAGAAGGUUUUGCAAGAGGUAUGCAGUGGAAAAGGAAUAGAGAAAGUAUCACCAGGAAAGUUAUCAGCCGGCGAGACCGUCAAAGAUGAAACUCAAGGAUUCUAUGAGAUACAAGGCCUCCAUGUCCUCGAUGUCAUCACACUCGCAAUUCGAGCUGCAAAAGUCUACUACACAGCACAUGAGCAGCCACAACGACUGUACGCUAUCAAAUCAGAACGCACAAUGCGGAAUGAACUCAUGCAAGUCAUGGACGCCCUCAAGCGUAUGGGCAUUCGAAAUUUUGCUGGCGGCAUCAAACUUGGUGAACUCGAAGUCAUCACAAAUUGGGCUGAGGGCAUUGACAAGCUCCUUGCGAAAGAGGAAAAGGCCGAGCAACAGGAACACGAAGAGCGAGAGAGCUGGAUAUGGCGAGAGGGCGACUGGACUGGCAAGGAGCAUGAGCGGGAAUGGCUGUUCCUCAAAUCCUUCGCCCCAGAGGCAGAACAGUUACCCCGCUGGCCUGAAUCUGCCGAUGAAAGUGAAUUACCAACGUCUUUCCUUUCUUAUUUCCAGAAUGGUUUACAACUGGUCCUAUUGCAUAACGCUUUGGUCAAAAAGUCGCGAAGACAAUUCGAAAUCAUCAAGAACUAUCAUACAGAUACGGCCAAGCCAUACCGAUGCGCGGAGAAUUUACGAUACUUUAUCAAAGCCGCUGAGCUACGGUGGGAGAUCAAGUUGGACAUUGACGUCGCGGGAGUUGUUCAUGGCACAGAUGCCACAGCGUGGAGGAAAUUCGACGAUGCACUUCUACUAUGGUGUCGACAUGUUCGUGGUGCAAUCAUCAAAGAAUGGAAAGAGCAAAGAAAAGCCAGUAUGAAUAGAACGCCCACGUUAAAAAUCGACGAUGAGCAAUCCAGAGAUGCCACGACGGAUGCACCACCAACUCCGAUUGCUGCAUGAGCAGCAGCUCGGUUCUGUUACGAGAUUAUGAGAUCAAGCGUUCCAGCCAAAAUUGCGUAGACGAGGACAUUUGCGUUUUUCUUACACUUAUUUUGAUGACCUGUGGGUCUGCCUGAUUCGCUUCAUAGUUCGCCCUGUUGCUUUGUCGGCAUUGAAUUGGCGGACGAGAUACCCCAUUGGCAUUAUAGUCGUUCUUCCAGAUAAUACGCUUUUUAACAUACAGCUAACUAAAGUUGUUCUUGUAUAUAGUCUUUGGGCUUUAUCAAACCUUUUCUUUCUCUUCCUGCCCAGAGGAGAACUAACGUCUGUGGAUGAGGUUCUGUCUAGAUAGCAAUGCUAGACUCUUCCAUUUUGAAUCGUAGUCCGCGGUAAUUCAGCAGUGCGUCGAAAUUCACCAUGUUCCAGUCGUCGU